AUGGCCGACGUGGAAGAGCCUGUGUUCAACACUCUGGCGGAGCGUAUCGCCGCUCUGAACCAGCAAAAGAACUUCAAAGCCCCUUCGACUGCUGGCAAACGACCUCCGCCCCCGCCCCCCGUUCGAGCCGCAACAGAGAUUCCUGUUGUUCAUCCGACAUCACCGAGUCGAAAUGGAGCUCUUUCGACCCCAUCGCUUCCUCCACGCCCAACCCGGGCUGCUUCCGCUGUCGCUAGACCUCCUCCGUUGCCGCGACGAACCACCGAGCAAGACAUCCCGGAGGACAAGCCGAUGCCCACCUUGACCAGGAAGCCGCCACCACCCCCAUUGCCCUCCCGAACCUCUUCACAGGAGAUCUCGCCGGCCCUCCCACCUCGACGGACCGUCUCGGCUUCUCUUCCUGUUCCAGGCGCUCGAAGAAAUUCCAAUUCGUCCGACAUCUCAUACCUCUCUAAUGUGUCCACAUCGUCCUGGAACAAUACCGCCUCUUCGUCCGCCCGCACUAGCAUCACGUCCGAUAAUGGCCAUCCCAUGAGGAAGUUGCCGCCAGCAUUUGAUCAAGCCAAGCUUCCGCCAUUGCCUCCGACACGACGUGAACUCGAAGCAAAGGCCAGGGAGGAAGCACAGCAACAGCAAGAACGAGAAGCAAAUCGAUCAGCUCCUCCCGCCCUGCCCCAAGGGCCCCCGCGACUUCCAUCACGUUCUUCGUUACCGCCUCCAUCUUCUGCAUCCCGCGAACCUCCGGCACUACCAUCGCGCCCAUCUCUUCCACCUAGGCUUCCUUCACGGCCAGCUAGGCAUUCUAAUUUCCCUGACGUCGAGGAAGAGCCGGGCCCACCUCUUCCCAAUCGCCAACUACCACCUCCACCGCUCAGUUACAGACCAAAAUCCAUUCCCGAGCCAGCACCACCACCCAUCCCGCUAAGCUCCCGACCUACACUCGAUGUUGUUGUAUCCCGAAAAGCCACUGGCACUGAUGUCGUUCCUCGAUCAGUCUCCGCCCCUCCAGUCGGUCCUGUCUGCCUCAUAUGCCGCGACUUCUCCGGGCCUGAUACUGUUGCGGCACAACAUCCGACCUCCUCACUUCCACGUCAUGACACCGUUCGCUACCUAGCCCACUGCCACCACAACAUGGCAUACGACGUCCACGGCUUCUUCAAUAAGUGCAUUCCGCACCAUUCGUCACCCGCUGAGCAGAUAUUCAGCGGCAAAGCCGUUUGCCAGGGUUACGCAGAGGUGUACAAAUCCAUUGCCCUUGCUGCUGGUCUAGAAUGUGUCCUCAUCAGUGGCCACGGCAAGGGAUUCGGCCACCACGAUUUAGCCUCUGGCGCUCCUAUUCCUCCUGAAGAUAGUAACCACGCCUGGAACGCGGUCCGUAUCGACGGCGGUGAGUGGAAGAUCAUCGAUGCUUGCUGGGGCGCUGGCCACCUGGGCCCCGACAACCAAUUCCAUCAGAAGUUUAGCCCGGAGAUGUUCUACCUCCCCAACGAAAUUAUCGGCAAGAAACACUUUCCAACAGACCGGCGACACUUUUACCGCUCCGACGGCCGCAUCUUGACCUGGGAGGAGUACAUUCUCGGAGACGGCCCUACUCCGUGCUGGUACGGCGACGCAGACAAAGACGGACUGGAUCAGUUCAGCCUGGAGCCGCGGACGGCCACGAUCCCCGUCUACAGCGGCGAAGUGGUACGGUUUCAGUUCAGCAAGGUGUGCGUGCAUUGGGACCCGGAGAGGCACGGCGGAGGGAAGCAGUACCUCUACGUCGUGGCGAUUGAGGGGCGAGACGGAAGAAAGAAGGACUUUGUGCCCCUGGAUACGGACGGGUUCUGGUGGUGGGCGGAUAUACCUGCUAUUGAUCUGGGAGCGCCGGGACAAAAGAUCACGGUGUUUUCGAUCACGACGUUAGACAAUAAGUGUGCGAGAGGGUUGACGACGGAGGAGUAUUUGAGGAGGAAGGGGAGGUGCGCGUACAGCUUCCAGGGGAUAUGUGCUUGGGAUUUGGUUUAG